AAACUAUUAACAUUGCGCCCGCCUGAAAGCGUAGAGCAAAUGAAGCGGCUGUGAAGAGACCCAUGAGGUCCCGAAUAAUAGAGAACUAUAAAAUGACAACGCUUCAAUAUUUGGGAAUAUCAGUACUUUUCAUCAUCGAUCUGUCAGGAGCUGUGAAUGCGGAAGUGAAUAUAUUGACACGGAGAGAGAGGCAGUCUGUCACUCUACACACUGGACUAACUGGACUACAUGUUGAUAAAAUAUUUUGGUUCUUUGGUCCAGUCAUUCCAAACACCUCAAUAGUUGAGAGUCAGGUCAUCAGAGGAGAGAACAUCACAGAAUUCAAAGGAAGAUUCCCAGACAGACUGCAGCUGGACAGACAAACUGGAUCUCUCACCAUCAGAAAUCUCACCCUCAACAACUCUGGAGUUUAUCAGCUAGACAUUUUCAAUACACACAAAACAUCUCAGAAAUUCUAUCUAACUGUCUAUGCUCUAGUACCACUUCCUCAAGUCAGAAAAAUCCCUGAAGGUGAUUUUCUGGACAGUUCAUCAGAGAAGGGGAGCUGUUCAGUGGUGUGUUCUGUGGAGAACCGGAGAGACAUGACCCUGUCCUGGUACAGAGGAGAGAAGAGACUCAACCAGACCAGCAGCCCUGACCUCUCCACCAACCUGUCUCUCCCUGUGGAGAUAAAGCUACAGGACAAAGAUAUCUACAGCUGUGCGGCUGCCAACCCAGUCAGCAACCAGACAACCAAACUCAACAUUGAAACGCUCUGCCUUCAGUUUGUAGGUAUGUCAUUAAUGGUAAUGUGCAACAUUGUCUUUGUUAUUGGACUGGUUCAUUUGUUUACUUGGAACCCCAUUCACUGCUAUUCUUCCAGCGCUGGGGGUUAGACACCAUAUAAAACAAUAAUAUUUAUCUACAG